GCUGACAAAGAAUUUGUGUGGUCUCUUUGGAAACGUCUCCAAGUGUCAAAUCCAGACCUUACACAAGCUAUCAGUUUAGCUGUGGAAAGAGAAAAGCAGAAAGCUGAAGUCAAGGACAGAAAGAUAUUAGAAAUUUUGCAAGCUAAAGACAGCGAAAUAGAAACCCUAGAACAGAGACUCUCAGGCCAGCAGCAAGAGAUAAAUAACUUAAUUCAGAGAAAAAUUGCUGUGGAUGAAGAAAAUGCCUGUUUGAAGAAUGAAUUCAGUAAUUUGAAGCAGAAAUUUAAAGAUAAAAGCCAAGAACUUAAGGACACUGAGGAGUGUGCACAGAAGAAAGAAGAGCAAAACAGACUGGUUAUAAAAAGCCUGGAGGAGGAAAAUAAGGGAUUAAAUGCUUACUGUGCUGACCUGCUAAAUGACCUGGAGAAACUGAGGAAGCAGGAGGUACAAUGGAAAACAGAAAAAUCUGGCAGUGAUGCCAGAAUAAAGGCGUUGGAAACCAAUUUAACAGAUGCAAGAGAACAACUGAAAGAGUUAAGUAGUAAAUGCAGUAACUUGUCAUCUCAGCUAGCUGUGAACCAGAAAGAACUCACCCAAAAAGAAUGCAAUAUGAACAGGAUUAA